GUGUCACGGCUCGGGUAUGAGAGUUUGUAAUUAAGUCAGGUAUUUAAAUGCAUAUUUCUAAAUUAUGCAAGGCUUGGGUAUCGCCGGUGCGUGCUGAAUUAAUUCUACUAGUCGCGCAGCGUGCCAUGUGAUGUGUUCAGAAAGACUUGGUUAUCUACAGCAGAUUACUAAGUGGCUGCACCUGGGAAAGGAACCAUUGCAUUGACUUAGCGCUGCAGUAGUACCUGCUCGACCCGAUGCGGUUUGAAAUCCCAGCUCGCCGCACGGAGGUGCGUAUUGCAUCUUUAGCAGCAAAGUUCAGUGCCCUGAUCUAUGACGUCACAACAAGCCGCAGUUUCAGUUUCACUCGGAACGCUGGGAAUCAGCAGCGCAUUUCACGUGACUUCUUUAAGCAUGCACGUGAGUGCAGCGUUGCAUUUACGAAGUGCAGUAUUUUAAAUAUGAUUUACACAGCUUUAAAAAAAAACAACCCUAGUUUGUAAUGCGCUACUCCAGUUAAUUUGAAGUUUCAUCCCAUUGGAUGAAAACGGUACUGCGUCCGGGUUAUUGUGAUACGAGAGAGAGAAAUGCAGAUCCUGAAGCAUUGCGUCCUUCUGUUGGUCUGUAGGUCCUGUCGGAUUUUCAGCAUGCUGGUUAAUCUAGGAGAGUGUAGGGUAGUGCAAGAGUAACAAUGCGUUAUUACUGUAAGAGUGCCGGCAGCACUUACACGUGAAUCUAAUCCACGGAAACGCGUGUUGUGGUUCUGUACCAGAUAAGAAUGCGUUUCCCGGCUGAUGUUUUUCCACCUGUGUGACCACCAGGAAGAGCUGAAGGAGUUAACACUCCACUGUUGCCAUGCCGACCGCCCCUGCUAUAAAACUGCGAGUGUUCUCUCUCAACUGCUGGGGGAUUCACUACUUAAGCCAGCACUGCUCCGAGCGCUAUGAGAUGAUUGGUCAGUUAUUGAAGGAGGAGGAGCAUGACCUUGUGCUUCUGCAGGAGGUGUGGAGUGAAAGCGAUUAUUUGUUCCUGAAGAAGACACUCGCACACAGCCACCCUUACACCCACUACUUCAAAAGUGGGGUGAUAGGAAGUGGCUUGGCUGUGUUUUCCAAACAUAAAAUCCUGGACACAUUCCUGUACCGCUACUCUAUCAAUGGGUACCCGUACAUGGCUCACCAUGGUGACUGGUUUGGUGGAAAGGCUGUGGGAAUGGUCAUCCUAGAUAUCUGUGACCUGACAGUCCAUGCGUACGUCACCCAUCUGCAUGCCGAGUACUGCAGAGAGAAGGAUGCCUAUCUCCCACACAGAGUGGUGCAGGCCUGGGAGCUGCUGCACUUCAUUCGGCACACCUCCGGCGGAGCGGACCUGGUGAUCUUGGGAGGAGAUCUGAACAUGCAUCCUCGAGAUCUCGGGACCCGGCUUCUGCUCGCAUACACAGGACUCCGGGAUUCCUACACUGAGGCGGAGAGGUUUGAGGGUUGUGAGGAGGGCAUCACUCUCAUCGCAGAGAACCCUUUCAUCAAUAAGAAAGAGCUGGAGCCCUUUGAGAAUGGAAUACGAAUCGACUACAUUCUCUUCAAGGGCUUGUCGAGAGUCUCUGUGAAGUGCGAGUCUCUCUCCACCACCACGGGCUCCGUGCCGGGGAAACCCUUCCCAUACUCCGACCACGAGGCCCUGAGCGGCGUGCUGCUGCUGCGGAGCGAGGAGGGGGGCGGGGACCGGCCCCAGCGCUGCUCAGCAGAGCCGGAUCCUGGGCUGGUGGACAUGGUGAACGAGGCUCGCACGGAGGUGAAGGUGGGUCUGCACAGCGCUGAGAGGAUGCGUGGCACCGUGGCCCGCAUGGGGAUGAUGGGGCUGGCGUUGCUGCUGGUGGAGCUGGUCAUCGCGCUGGUGCCCUGGCUGGCACACAGCACGGAGCACGCCUUCCCCCGCGCCUCCUUCUACCUGCUGGGGGCGCUGUCCUUCGCCACCCUGCUGCUCACAGCCCUGCUGUACAUCUUGUACUCCACGCAGGUGAAGACGCUGCAGGGAGCGGAGGACCAGAUGAGGCUGGCUGUCACAGGGCUGCAGGAGAGGCUGCAGAAACACUCGCAGACACAGCCAGUGGAGCAGGGCAGAGUGCAGGGAGAACCAACAAGCACCCCAGCAAACUCUCCUUGACUUCAGCAUUGGAAAGAUGAAACUUCAAGGUUUAGUGACCCCCCCCCCCCCCAAAAAAUUUUUCUUUUGUAAGUAAUUCUGCUUAUGAGUUCUGGAAGAAGGCAGUAAAGAAUCCUAGUAUAAUAUUGAACCUGAUUAUGGGACACUGCAGCUUUAAGAUCCUGUUGUUUUUUGUGAUUCCCGUCCCGGGAUUGGGAUUGGGUUUGGGAGUUGGGAGUUCACCGGCAUGUCGACUCGACAGUGGCCAGUCGUUUUGUUCCUAACCCUGCUCCAUGGGGUUUCCUGUGGUGUGCUAAGGUGCAUUUUAGGCAAUGGAUUAUAAUUGACCUAUGAUUGGAUUAGGAAUCCACUUACCUUGACUUGACAAAAUGUUACAAAAGAAAGUUUUGCCCACGUCCUGUGAAUGCAGGUCGUGGUGAUCUUUGUUUUCAUUCCCUUUAGAACGAAAAGCAACUGAACGCACUCCAUUUUAUUGAAGUCUUUUUAGUCACUUCUUAGUUUAAAUUCUAUUCUCAGGGACCAUUUUAAAUUCCACUACGUUGUACUGUGUUCGAGUCUUCAUUGGAAAAGGACACGUGUCACAUAUUUGCAUCUGCUGUCUCUCGUGUUUUUAUCUACAUGUGAAGUGUAGUCCACGUUCCUUGAAUAGCUAAUGCAGGCAAACGAUCCUGUUCAUAUAAUGACUUCUGAAAUGAAGAACCUGACUUAUACAGAAAACACAACCACUGCAUACUCUACACAGGAGUGUGUAACCUGACUUACACAGAAAACACAACCACUGCAUACUCUACACAGGAGUGUGUAACCUGACUUACACAGAAAACACAACCACUGCAUACUCUACACAGGAGUGUGUAACCUGACUUACACAGAAAACACAACCACUGCAUACUCUACACAGGAGUGUGUAACCUGACUUACACAGCACACUCCAGUCCCUUCAUUUCAAAGCUUUUCAAAGCAUGUGUCUGCAUGCAUUACAAAUGCAAAUGACCGUUCGGAGCCGCGUGAAGUUCAGGUUUUGAACGUCAGUGUGUGGAGCCGCACUUGAGUAAAGAGACGCGAUGUUCAGCUUGCGAGACUGCGCGUUCCUGAGUGGGAACUGAAAUCCAGUUUAGAUGGGGAGGCCCCUUCUUGGUUUUGGAAACAUAAGCUGAGUUCAUACAGCUGGCUGUACAUUGCAGCUCUUGUAAACAGCCUUCUGAGUGACCGGUUUCUAUCUCUGAGCAGCAGGUGAUUGUGAAUGAAAUGGAUUGGACUGCAUUGGUUGGCAGUUUGCUAUAAAUCUUAUCCAGGUUACCAUGAGGUUUUCUUGUGCUUUUUACAAAACUCUGAUUUUAAAACAUUAAAAGUUCACCCUCCUGUUUUAUCAUCCAUCACUUUUUACAUAUUUUAAAUGUAAAACACAGACUAGAUUGUGUGUUUUUUGCCUUUCGUUUGAAUGCUUGUGACUGAUUUCACAACUAAAUGAAUAGUAAUAAAGCAUAUAAUCAGGGUUUUAAAAUGAACACACAGUCAUUUUAUUAAAGUCUGGAUCCAAGUGCCCGAUGCUGGCAGCUCUUUCUCAUAAGCCCUUUGCGAGUCCCUGCUGUGCGUUGGUGAUAACCGCAGUGCAAUUCAAUCACUGUCUUGGGAUGAUCGCUCUCCCCAGACGCGCGGCACGCUUCAAAUACUUGGCUCUAAAUGUUAUGCUUGCUUAGCGCUGGUGACGAUCCAUUUAGUUUUACCAGUUAUGCAGUCCAUUGGCCCUUGCAUUAGUGUUCAUUAAACCUGCGCUUUAUGAUCUUCCCCUGACCCCGGUGCUUCAGGGCCGGUCGAAACAGACCCUCAAACCAGAUUCCUGUGCAGCCCUGUGGCUUCAUUACAUUGCAGGAGCAGAUGUCUCCCACACACACACCUGCCCCUCUAGAAUAAAUAUAGACCAGCAAGAGGAGGGGAAAGGGAGCCUGCCAUGUAGAACAAAUACAGGAGAUUACCAAGAGCCUGCAGGUUCCUUUAUAGAAACAGCCCACAGCACAGGGCUCUGGAAAGGGUGGGUAGUGGAAGUUGUUUUGCCUUGAACUGCCAGCUUGUUUGCUCGUUCUUGUUUUUUCUAUGUGAAUCAGAUCCCAGGCAGGCCAGCGUGUGCUCAGUUUAAUGUCAUUGCUCCUCCUUUGCACCGUUUUUUAAAAGUCUUUGUGUAAAGUCUUACUUCAAACAGACUCUAGUCGUGUAGAUUCCAUUGCUGGGUUUGAGUUUUUCCCUGGUAGUGAUUUUUCAGUAGCUGUCGUUUUUGUCAUUUUUUAAGUACUGUAUACUUGUGACGUCUCGGCUAAAAAAUAUUUUUGAAAUGGUUUCUGAUAACUGAGUUGAAGGUUUUUGACAUCAGGUCAGAAAGUGAGAUGCAGCUGAAUGGACCUGUGUAAACUCGUUUGAACACAGAGAGACGUCGCUUUUUAGUUUCAGUUUUCCCUGCUCGUGGAGGAUUAGUGUCAGUACGUUUUGAAGUCUUUUAGUUCCUGAAUUGAAAUCUUUAUAAAAAUUAUUAUGGGACGGUUUUAAAUGAUGGAUGAUCUAUUUGAACCAAGUACAGUAUUUUGGUGAUUUUCUUUUUAAUUGAAUUUUAUUUGAUGUGUUUUUUUCUUACAUGACUGCUAGCAGACUACAGGGCCAGUAUCCUGGGGUUUGUUUAGAUAGAUGAGAGGGACAUUUUGUCAAAUUGCACCCGGGUUCACUGUGGGGACACAGAGGUGGUGGAAAGGUCUUGCACCAUGUGUCUCCUUCCAUCGCAGAGCACAGUUAGAAACAGCUGGCCAAACGUUUAAAAAAAAAAAAAAAAAAAAAAAUAGGUGGAUAGUUUUCCUUUUUAUCCUAGAAACAAUUUCGAUACGUGUGGCGAUGUGGCAAACCGCCACGGUUUAAAAAAAUGAGGAAUAAAAAAAAGACUUUGAAAACAUACUUCAGCAGCCACCACAGUACAGUAUUGUAAUUCAUCCAUCCGGCCGUGUUCUUCAGGGUCUGGUCAGCAGAGCUUCUGAAUCCAUUCCAAUGGGCAGUGGAACAUCACUCGCUGACCAUUCCACACGCGGAUACAUUAUCCCAUACGUUCCAUACGCUACCUUUGUGUUCCAAUGACAUUCUAGAAUGGAUGAGUGGUAAUCUGAUAUUCCGAUCCAGAAAGGACCGUGUAUUCUGAGGACAGGUUAACUGUUCUCCUUAUUAAUAGACAGUCUUGUAUUCUUAACCUUGUGUACAUACACUAACCUUAUACAGCAGCACAGUUGCACACACUUUAUCUUAACCAGUGCUAACAAAAGUAGAGGUCAUGCCAUGAUCGUGGAUUCAUUACAGUAACCCUAACCUACCUCGUGGAAGUUGCAGAAACAGUUUCCAGGGCAGAUUUGCAUGAAGGAGGGAAGCCUAGGUAAACACUUACACUAUAACCGCACUGUAUAACACAUUUAUAAUGCCAUGUCUGGCAACAUUAUUAUUUAACCUGGUCGUAGUGGCUUUCAGUUAUUAGUACAGGAUGUUGAAUUGCUGACUGUCUUGUUUUAUUUUAAACACAAGUGGUAGAUUCCGUGAUGAAAGGGAGUCUUUUUCCCCAUUCCCAAUACUUCAUCGUUCAUUUAUUUUUAAAGCGAGACGUUUCUGUGUUGAUUUGCAGCAGUGAUGCUGGUUCUGUGUGCUGUCAAUCAUGCAGAGUUAUUGAAGAGCUAUUUUUAAUAAAGACUGUAUUAAUCCA